CUGCGCGCUGUCGAGCGCCUUCACGACCCGCGACGAUCUCCCGCCCGCACGAAGGACCGCCCUUCGUUCCAUCCGUCCCCGAAGCCCAUCAUGGUCUUGCUCUCGUCGCCCGCGGCGGUCAUCCAGUCCAUACCACCCGUUACGCGCGCGUUUACGGCAGCGACCGUCCUCUCAUCAGCCCUCUAUGCUUGGCUGCGAUGGUCGGGUGUUGAGUCCACGCCAUACUUGACUUUGAUUCCCGGCGCGAGCAUUUUCUACCCAUGGACAUUUGUUACGUCGGCGCUCAUUGAGACAAGCCUGCUGGAGUUCAUAGCGACUCUGGUGUUUGUUCCGGCAUCCUUGAAGUACUUGGAGAACCUAUGGGGAAGCGUCGAGAUUAUCAAGUUCAUCGUCGUCUCCGUCGGGUUCUCAAAUAUCAUCGCUUUCGGUCUCAACUGGAUCGAGUACAUGGUCUUGUCGAAUGCUGAGUUAUUCUUAUAUGGCAUGGAAUACCACGGCCAGAUGGCCCUGCAGACCGCCAUCCUAGUGGCGUUCACGCAGCUCAUACCCGAACAUCAAGUACAAGUUAUGGGCGUCCUUAAGACGCGCGUUAAGAACAUUCCUAUGGCCUACCUCACGCUUUCUACCGUUCUCUGCAUCGUUGGAUUCCAAUGCCCGUGGAUCGUCAUUCAAUUCGGAUGGUUCGUGGGCUGGAUCUAUCUGCGCUUCUACAAGAAGAACAGCGGUGAAUCGGUCGGCGGUGUCGUCUCCUAUGGCGACAGGAGCGAAACCUUUUCCCUGCUCUCCUGGUUCCCUACCUUCGCGCAUUACCCGCUUACGCACCUCGGAAACUUUGUGUACAGUAUGGCGAACCGCCUUCAUCUUUUGCCCACCUCGGUUGCCGAUCUGGAGAGUGGGAUGUACCAACAAGUGCCGGGUGGUGCGCGUGCGGAGGCCGAGAGACGACGUGCGAUGGCUUUGAAGGCCCUGGAUCAGAGAGUGGCGAACGCAUCCCCGGCAGCUGGGUCGUCCUCCAACCCAUCUGCAAAUGGAUCUGCGCCUACUGCGGCGCAGGAAAAUGGCUCUGUGCCGGAGUCGGAGAGCCAACAAAGCAAGGCGUAGUUCCGUAGCUAUAUGACUUUAUACCUAACCCACCGAUAAUGUUGACACGCUGUACUGCUUGCGCUCAAGUCGAACUAGAAAGCAGCUGGAGUUGGGAUUCG